GGCAGCUCGAGCUCAAGGGUUUCGAGAUUUUGCACUUGUCUGCACUCGCACACUCGUCGGGUCGAUCGAAGGCUCGAUUGACGCAGAGUCGUGACUUAGUGUCUGUCAGGUGCUCGUGCUUUCUUGUCGAGAAUGGUUGAGCCCGUCUUUACGCAGGAAGUCGUAGGAAUUUUGUAGAGUUUUUAGAAAUUUCGUCGUUCCGAUAAUCUCUUACAAGGAGGACGCCGAAGGCGACGUGGAGGAGGUGGAGAAGACGGAGAUGGCUGCAGCGGACGAGUAUCGGUGUUUUGUCGGUGGCCUAUCGUGGGGAACCACGGAUAGAGCAUUAGAGGACGCUUUUCGGCCUUACGGGACUGUCCUCGAAGCAAAGGUUGUUGUGGAUAGAGAUACAGGCCGAUCACGGGGUUUUGGAUUUGUCACCUUUGCCGAUGAGCGGUCAAUGGAUGAGGCGAUUGAUCGCAUGCAUGCCAAAGAUUUGGAUGGCAGACCGAUUACUGUAAACAAGGCACAGCCGAAAUCAGGAGGCGGUGGUGGUGGUAGCUACGGAGGCGGUGGUGGUAGUUACAAUGGAGGGGGCAAGAGUUUUGGUGGAGGAGGCGGAGGCGGUGGUGGUGGAGACUGUUUCAAGUGUGGCCAACCUGGUCACUGGGCUAGGGAAUGCCCUUCAAGCGGUGGUGGCGGAGGCGGGGGUCGUUACUCCUCUGGGGAUCGAGGUUAUGGCAGCAGCCGCGGUGACCGCUACAGCGGAGGAAGCGGUGGUGGGGGUGGUUACGGAAGCAGUCGGUAUAGCGGAAGCGAUCGGGACAGGCAUGGUGGAUCCGACCGUUACAAUGGUGGAGACCGAUACACAAGUGCUGGCCGUUCUGCGGGCUCCUCACACAGGGAAAGCGGAGUCGGUCGUGGAGGUGGUAGUGACAGAUACAGUAGUGGCGGUCCAUCUCGGUACGAAGGAGGUGGUCACAGGGACCGAUCUGGGCCUUAUGAUCGCCCAAGUGGUGGCAGCAGCGGAGGAGCCAGAUCUUCAUACGACGAUCGUUAUUGACUUCAAAAUUCGGAAUUUCUGAAUUGAGGCACUCAUGUACCUUUAGGCUCGUUUUUGGCCCAGUGACUGGAGACCUGAACCCAAAUCACAUUGCCCAUUUUCUGGCAUGGCAUCUCAUUAUACAAAGUGCCGGGAGUGACGGAGGGUACUCUCCACGGACAAUUCAUGUUUGACAUGUUUCCGGAGAGGUUGUGGUGCAUAGAUCAGAGCGGCUUUUGUUUUAUAAUCAGCUUUGUCAGAUGGUGCUGCUUGCUCAUGACGUGUACGAUUUGCCACUGGGAAUGCUGUCCGUGGAUGGUACUUUUCAGCCUCACCUUGCAAGAAAUUCGAGGUUUAAGCUUAGUACCAUGUCGUGGAGCUGUUGGGUCCUUUCCGGUGUCUGUAUAUCUAUUGGUAACAAGAUCAGACAAAUGCAAGGAAUCCGUGAUCUCGGACCCCUCAGGCAACAAGCAGUGGUCAUUUGACGUUUUCCUGGGCCUGCUUCAUUGACCGUGUGGCAGGCAGAACUUUGUGUACAUCUGAGAAGUAAGUUUGGCAAUGAACAGCAUUCGUGGUUAAGCUAUUUGUGGCCUCGUGUUACGGUUAUGGUGUCGAGCUUAUCGAUGUUGUUGAGAAGUUGGGUUUUGCUCAUGUUUGCACGGUCACGGGCUACACUGGUUGAUUGAUUCGGGGUUUGGGCCUCUGCGUGUUUAUUUCAAGUGAGAGGCUGCUGUUUGCAUCAAGAGAAGGUUUGCCCGUGAGGUACGAGAGUUUACUUAGAGAACGUACUGUGUACACACCGCAACAUGAGCUCCGUGGUCCCUUGGAUGCCAUUCCUUCUUCGGUUACAGUUUGGUGUCGGGGUUCGUCCGAUGACUUCUUUCCUCAGAGGUAAUCAGCCGAGCGCACUGGACCAUGAUUCGUCCACAGGAACUCCUGACCACUCUGGGGAGCCCGUGAAUUUUGCUGCCACACUCUCGAUGAUUCCUGGAGAGCUCAAUCAGUGAAGAAACAUGCCUUAUUGGUGGUCGUGCCUGCUUUGAUCUAUGAGAUUUACAGUGUUCUAGUGGUCCAGCUGUCCUUACCAGUGUCAACUGGUGGACUCGGUGGAGGGGUUUUUCGUCCAGAUAGCGGAAAGAGCUCUCUGGACUUCUUUGGUGAACUUUUGCUUCUCUGAUAGACAUCAAGGACCCGAGUAUAUGUGAGGACUUCUCUGGCAACAAAACCGGUCAAGCAGUUGGACUCAACUCAGCUGAUGGAAGCCUCACGUUUCACGUUUCACGUUUCAGUGGCACACGUGGUAGCAGAACCUUCUCUUCUACAGUGCUGUUGAACAGCUGUCCGUGGGUAUCUUCUCUAGUCUGUGAAACUGCGUAUCGCGACUGUCAUUGUUUGGGGAGAUGAGCACAACUGUAACCGUCUAGUUUGGAGUUCAUUGUUGGUGGUUGACUGGGGUUUCCAGACCGGGCGUGCCACCUUUGCGACUAUUUCCAGUAGAGUUAUUGAGCUCGUGAACUCUAUUCGUGCUAGCGGAUCGCCCAACAAAAGAUGGAGUGUGGAGCUGUGAGCACUGACGCCUCAUCACCCUGCCUCCUUCGAGUACAUGGCCAGGUCUGAUGGAUCUGAUUUUUGGUCUGCCAUAAACGUUCAGCCCAUCUUUACGGACACGCUUGUACACCUGAGCUUGGAGUGAACGUAGACCACAUCUGAAAAUCACUGUGAAGGCAAGUAUAUCAUGUAGCGGGUUUUGAUUACACAUUCUGCACGGUGACCGUGAAGCCAUUGACGCGGGGCGGUUUACAACCAGAGAAAGUAAGAGCUUCCCCAUCAAGUGUAAGUUUUGAGAUAUUUCUCCACUGGCGGUAGGUCGAAACAGGUAUUCUGAAGUUGGAUACCGAAGGUGAGAUGAUGCAUCUAGAGGUUUGUACUUUCCCCUCAGUCGGUCUAUUUGGUUCGUAUCCGAUCUUUUUAUUUUGGCCAUUGCAACUGAUAAGUGUGCUAACUAGCGUGAUUGGUCAAGAUUUUCCUACUAACGGUUGAUUUUUAGAAAGUUCCUGAGAUGUCUGUGCUUGUUAUGAAAUCUUCAGUCUGCAAGUGUCGAUUAUGUUUUAUUGAGAUCCUAGCUAAUCUAAACUACAAAGCUGUUGAAGGAUCUUCUCAGGCGCUUAGGUUUGUGCCUAGAUACCUGCCUCAUGGAGCUUCUGUUAGCGUGAUAAUAGAUUUCUGGAUACAGUCAUGUGCUAGGUGAAUAGUAUUUAUUCUAGGCAUGAAGGAAGUAUCAGUACCACCGGGGGUGGGGUGCCGGUGUUUGUAGCGUAUUCAAAGAUGCUAGCGUUCAAGAGGAUUUUUGCCCCCCUAUCGUAGAACAUGUAGAUCGGUGUAGCAAUGACAUGGGUUGCAGAUUUGUAACAAAAUCUGAGUUUUAGAUUUUGUAUUGAACUGGUGCAUUUAGGCACGUAGUAUAGUGGCUGAGUAGGCACUUUUUAGUCUGCCUUUUGCACGAAUUCGUGUGCGUAAGUCGUUUUCCAUGAAGAGCCUUUCACUAUUUAUGGAAAUAAACUUGUGUUCUGACCUACGAAGGUCACUUUUCAUUCA